CCACCGUUAACCACACCCAACGUGUCAAUAUGGACAUGCACAAAGUCUAUUCCUCCAUCGUCAAACCACCAUGAUACCGCAAUUAGCGCUUGCGAUAGUCGCAGCACUCAACCUCUUCAAAGCCGUCAGUGCGGAAAUUGCGCCCGAGCUCACAACCGUCGUGGAAGGCUACAACGUGAUCGCCAAGCUGCCCUGCAUCGGCUGUCCGUUCCUGUACCAAGAUACGUCGAAAGGGAGCAACGAGCCGUGGAUAAAGAGGAAGGAUAAAAACGCCCUGCUCCUCAAUAUCAGUCUGCCAUUCGACUCUGCACAUCUCAGCGUCAACACCGCCGCGCUGCUCACUUCGUCAAAUGUCCUGCCCCGCAUCUUCGCAAAUCAGGUCUUGCUUGAUACGUCGAAAGAGGAUCUGGCUAAGCUCAUCGACGCAGACCAACUCGAAUCAGGCGGUUAUUUCGGAAUCUCGUAUGCGUACUCACUCCGCCAUGUCAAGGACUCAACAGCCCUAGUCUUCCAGUUCGACAUCUCCGAGCUAUGGAGCGAUCUGCCCGAGACUCCCAUCACCGUGAAACUAGACGACCCGGCGCAGAAGAUGCUAGAAGUCGUCUUACUGCAGCGCCCGAUGCUAUCCGCCAGCGACCCAGGCCCAGCGUACGAAAUCAUCCGGACGUCGCUUGUCGCGAGGCCAGAAUCCAGCGCGCACCAGCGCACCAUGGCGUUCCACGAAUGGGAUGCGUUUGGCCAAAAGGGCACAUCUGCACACCUGUUUUCGUCCCUCUUCGAUGCGUUCAUCACGUACUUGAGUUCUGGCGUCUGGGCGCUGUUUACCUUUGUAUUUGGGAUUAUCGGCCUUUUUGUCGUGAUUUGCUUAUUUUGUAUCUUUGGGUGGGGGUUCUGGAAAGAUGAGUAUGAGCAGGCGCAGCAUGGGAAGAGGCGCGGGGGGAGUGGGAAUGAUGUCGAGAAGGCGAGGAGGUUUAGGAGUGCGGAGGAGCUGGGGUUGCGGGGCGGGGGGAAUGUUGUUGGUGUUGGGAAGAGUGAUUGAGUGAUUACAUGAUGAUAUGGCAGGAAUGGCGUUCGAUGAACAUAAAUGGAAGUGGGAGAUAGUCUAUGUUC